GAAUACGGUGCACGCGCGGCACUGAGCAUCAGGAGUAGUUGUCAUGUGAAUCAGCUGGGCCAAACGACGAAGGGGAAAGCCACAUCGCGGCUCGCUUUUUCGAAUUCAAGCCUGCAUCUGAUGAGGCGACAAGAUGGCGGGAGCAGAGGUGUGCACCCCUGCAAACCCCACCUGCAAGAUUAUGACCUUCAGGCCCACAAUGGAGGAAUUCAAGGACUUCAACAAAUAUCUAGUCUAUAUGGAGUCUCAGGGCGCGCAGCGUGCUGGUCUAGCCAAGGUGAUUCCUCCUAAAGGCUGGAAGCCUCGUCGAACCUAUGAUGACAUAGACGAUUUGAUGAUUGACGCUCCCAUUCAACAAAUGGUGGCCGGCCAGUCAGGGCUUUUCACUCAGUACAACAUUCAAAAGAAGCCACUCAGUGUGCAGGAGUUCAGGCGAUUAGCUAACAGCGACAUGUACUGUACGCCUCGUUAUCUGAACUAUGAAGAUCUCGAAAGGAAGUAUUGGAAGAACCUCACGUUUGUUUCCCCCAUAUAUGGGGCUGAUGUUGGUGGCAGCCUCUAUGAUGAGGAUGUGGAGGAAUGGAACAUUGGGCACCUGAACUCCAUCUUGGACAUCAUCGAGGAGGACUGUGGUGUGUCCAUCCAGGGGGUCAACACUCCAUAUCUCUACUUUGGCAUGUGGAAAACAACCUUCUCCUGGCACACAGAAGAUAUGGACCUGUACAGCAUCAACUACCUUCACUUUGGAGAGCCCAAGUCCUGGUAUGCCAUCCCCCCUGAGCAUGGGAAGAGACUGGAACGUUUGGCUACUGGUUUCUUUCCUAAUAGCUUCAAGGGAUGUGAGGCGUUUCUCCGUCACAAGAUGACGCUAAUCUCACCUUUCGUGCUAAAGAAGUACGGCAUUCCCUUUGAUAAGAUUACGCAGGAGGCUGGAGAGUUCAUGAUCACCUUCCCUUACGGCUAUCACGCUGGCUUCAAUCAUGGUUUCAAUUGCGCGGAAUCAACCAACUUUGCAACCAUACGGUGGAUAGAAUAUGGAAAAAAUGCCACACAGUGUACUUGCAGUAAGGAUAUGGUGAAAAUAUCAAUGGAGCCUUUUGUAAAGCGGUUUCAGCCUGACCGCUAUGACAAUUGGAUGCUGGGCAAAGAUUCUAUGCCCAUUGACCACACACUGUCUACUCCCAGUACAACACCUGAGUUGCAAAGCUGGUUGCAGAGGCGCCGCAGGACAAAAUCCUCCAAUAAAAGUGGCGGCCACUCUCGAAUGCGCUUAAAACGUCUCAGAACCUCAGAGGAGCCUGUUGGCCUGGAUGACAGUUCUAUGUGCAGCAGUAAGAGGAAAGGCCUGUGUGGUCCGCCUGGACCCAAAGUGCGGCGGUCUAUUGAAGAAAGGUCCUGCAAAUCAGAAAGAGCAGAGGAAGAGCAAGAGGAGGAGAAACAUGGAAGAAGGGAGACGAGACAAAGCCAGAACUCUCUUCAGCUUUCUAGUCGCUGCAGACAGAUGUGCGUUGUCAAGGUAAACCGAGUUGAGGGCAACACUUUGGGUUUCUCCACUAUGGAUCUACCAAACUCUCAGUCAAGAUCCAGUCCAUCCCCGGCCUCCUCAGGAAAGCACGAUUCUAAGGCAGAAACUGACACUCAUAGUGACCCUCAAGACGCUUCAAGGCCUGACAUCAACGAUAGGUUUUCCAAAGGACUCAGAGACUGGUCUGAGCCAUCUCAAAUGCAUCUAGGAAUGAACACGUCACCUUCUGAACCUCAAGACCUCUUAAAUUCUCAGGACUGUUCUCCCAGAGACCCUCCCACAGAGACCGCCACACUCACGUCUUCUUACCACACAACAAGCACCUCCACUGAGACAGAGAUGGGCUUGUGUCCUCUUGAUUCUGAUGCUCAGACAACAAACUUAUUGAGUACAGUAAACACUGCAAUCCCAGACCCAAGCACUAAAAGCAGCAUUGACAAAGCAUCUGAAAUUUGCACAAACGCAAUUGUUAAUCCAGAGUUAUCAAUCACUUUUGACCAAAAACAUAUCCAAUCACAAUGCACUACAGAAGUAGAUUAUGAUUCAGAACCUAAGCCGGCAGAGGGAGGAAGUUGCACAUCAUGUGUUCCUACUGUCCCUUCAGGCCAUGACUGUGUGUUAGAAAACAGCAGUUGUGAGCAACAUAUUUCUCCCCCUUUGCUACAAAGGAGUGCAGUGGAUAUGCCACACCUCACUCCAGAGCCAGCGGGUGCUUUUGGAAUCAGUUCUUUACCCCCUGUACUGACCCAAGAGAUGCCCUCCCUUACCCCAGCGGACGAUGGGCUAGCUGCCCCCUCAAAAUCUUGCACAUACUCCCACCAGUUUGCACCCGUACUCCAGCGGGAGAUGCCAGAAGCUUCUCCAUCCUCCCAUGGAAUUAAACAGGAAAAGAUCGAUUCAAGGAUUCCCAAAGAACCUUCUCAUACAGAACAAAUCCACCACUGGCAUUUGCGUGCAGCAGAUAAUUUUCACAGCACAGAAAUUCCAAGGUUAGAAAUGGAUACGGCUCAUCUAUCGGGCAAUGCCGUUCACAAAACAUCUGAUUGUGCUCAUGAAGGUGUUUUAAUGUCUGAAAUAGAUGCAGAAAAGCAUGUAGUGGUCGGAAAUAUCGGAGAGAAUGAGGUCUCCUACCAGAUAGCACAGAGCGUUGCCCCCCUAAUUGAGCAACAUUCCAGUUUAGCAGAGUUAGCAACGAGUGAUCACUCCAAAGAGCAAGAUCAAACAGACAAAACAUUGAGUCUAAGCAGCAUUGGCCCUCUUGAGCCUGGUACCUCAACCAAUAAUCUCUCCGACCCUCCCACCCCAGUGCACCCUUACUCAGAAUCAGAACUCCACUCUCAUUCACACUGUCCAUCCCAGAGCCCACACAGAGAGCCUAAAUAUGACUCCAAUAGCAUUUGGGGGAACUUCAACUCGCAGAGCCCUGCUGUGCUCAUCCAAAGCCUCCAACCAGAACCCUCCUGUGACUUCACCCAUGACCCCAUACCAUACACUGUGUGGACUGAACCCCAGUGCAAAGAGGUCACACAUCUGGAUGACCCCGAAGAAGAAUUGCGUGAGAGCCAAGAGGGGGACGCUGGACCUCUUACUUGGGCUCAGCUUGAGCCCACCUCACUAGUUUCAGUCACCGCCGCAGAGGAUGUAGAGUUUUGUAGAGAUGAAGGGGAACCCGAUGAUGGGGUCCUCUCUUCAAGCGGAGAGCUCGAAAGACGGAUACAGUCCUCUGUUGGUUCUGUGUUACCUUUGGUCAUGGGAGGAGGUGCGCAGGGUGGGAUGUCUGAUAUGGAGCAAGACGAGUCAGAUGAGGAUGAUGAUCAGCAAAGCAGCGCCAGUGAGGAGAGCAGCAGUGACUCAUCUGAUGAGGAGGAAAGCGAUCCAAGUCAAUAUGAGUGCGAUGAAUCAGGCUUAGAACCAGGGGAGGUUUGUGCUUACCCUGCUCUGUCAGUCAAGAGGACCACUAAGAGCUGGCGUCACCCACUCAGGAAACCCACUGCCAGGGCUGUACCCACUGCGGUCAAACAUCAGGCCGCCAGUGAUGAUGACCUAGAGCCUCCUGAAGCAAGCUUCGCAGAUGAGGAAGAUGAGCCUGAGAUCGAAGCUUGGGCAAGGCCGCUGAUCUACCUGUGGCAAAACAAGAAGAGCUGCUUCACAGCGGAGAGGGAAUACAAUGCUCAUGCCGCCACCAUGGAGCCGUACUGUGCUGUCUGCACACUCUUUAUGCCCUACUAUCAGGGGGAAGAUAAAGCAGAGGAUGGUAGCCCCAAAAAAGCAGAGGACGCAUCAGAUUCUUCAUCUUGCAAGGAGGAUUCUCCGCAUUGUUACCGGGGUCCGAGGAAAUCCAAGCCCCUGAUACCGGAAAUCUGCUUUUCCUUCAGAGAGCAAAACUGCCCUCCAACGCCCACCAAUCCUCUGAUGCAGGAUGAUGGCACCUCCCCUCUGCUCUCCUGCCAAGAGUGUUGCCUUCAAGUACAUGCAAGUUGCUAUGGUGUUGCAGCAGAUGAUGCCAGCGACCAGUGGUCCUGCGAUCGCUGUGCGGAGGGCAUCUUCACAGCAGAAUGUUAUUUGUGUAACCUCAGAGGCGGGGCACUGAAGAAAACCCAAAACGACAAAUGGGCCCACAUUAUGUGCGCAGUUGCACUGCCUGAGGCGAGGUUCAGCAACGAAGUCAAGCGGGGUCCCAUUGACACGAGUCGGAUCCCCAUGCAGCGAUACAAACUGAAGUGCAUCUAUUGUCGUAAGCGCUGGGCGGGGAAGCGGCAGGCAGGUGCGUGCAUCCAGUGCUCGUGUGGCCGCUGUCCCACCUCUUUUCAUGUGACCUGUGGCCAUGCCGCCGGGGUUGUCAUGGAGCCUGACGAUUGGCCGUAUGUGGUGUCUAUCACGUGUCACAGACACCAGUCGCGGAGCUCUUUGGCCAAGCAGCGGGGAUCUCAAGCGUCCAUCUCGCUGGGCCAGACGGUUAUCUCCAAGCACAAGAACCUGCGCUACUACAGCUCCAAGGUCACGCAGAUCACCUCCCAGAUGUUCUACGAGGUCAUGUUUGAUGAUGGCUCCUUCUCCAAUGAUACCUACCCUGAGGACAUAGUGAGCCGAGAUUGUGUCAACUUGGGUCCUCCCGAAGUCGGCGAAGCCGUUCAGGUCAAAUGGCCCGACGGGCUCUUCUACGGUGCCAAAUAUUUGGGAUCCAACGUGUCCUACAUGUGCCAGGUGGAGUUUGAGGACGGUUCUCAGGUGCUGGCAAAAAGAGAUGACAUCUAUACCUUGGACGAAGACCUGCCUAAAAAGGUGAAGCGCCGACUUUCCACCGCCUCCAGCAUGCGUUUCCAGGACGCCUUCUUCACCACACAAGGGGAGAGGAAACGUCAACGAACUCCUAAUUCUCGCUUCCAGAAGGACUACGUGGCGCUACCGGACCUCCGUGCCACUGCCAAAGGCGCAUGGGAGCACCACAAAGGGAAAGAAAAGUGAUCGUGGGGGGGGGGACUGACAGAGACAAAUGACUGCACUGAGGUCACAAGCAAAGUCAAGGCGGGUAUGUGUGUUUGCGUGUGUGCUUGAGGUUAUAUUUGGACUGAAAACGAUUUCCCGGAUUUCCUUGUGGCCUGAAAGAGAAGAGGGGGGUUGACUUAUCCGGACUUUCCAAUGCAUUUGUACAUUCUUACAUCAAUGAUUGUUUUGGAGCAUUGUGAUUGGCCAGUUAGACUUUAAGGACAUGGUGACUCGAGGAUGUCGUCUCUUCCGUUGCCUCCUUGUCCUUCCUCAUCCGUCAGGGAGGAAGAAAAAAAAAGCAAACUGUGUCUUUACAAUUGUCAAAGAUUUUCCUUUUACAUAACAACUGUAAAGUGGUUUUCCUCAGCAGCUUGCCCAUGGUAGGUUUUUGGAGGUCUGUUAUUUCGAAGUUUUGAUUUUGAUCAUUUCUGCACCUUGCUUGUAGUUUUUUUCCUUGUGCUCCCCCCCUCUCCCGGCCCCACCUGCAUGUUUAACACUGUCGCUUAGCUGCGCCAUCAUGGCUUCCUCUCUGCUCUUGUUAGUCUCUCCAAUAUGCUUAAAUGAUUCUGUUUAUAUUUGAUCUUGACAAAAAUACAUGCACAUUGAGAUUAUGAAUUAGAAAAAAAGUGAUUGUUCUUGACAGAUGGGAAGCCAUGCGCCUGAUUAAACGUGAAAUGCUACUCUGUUGAAUGAAACUCGCUGUUGAAAUUAUUUAAAUUUGUAUUUAUUUUUGUGCUUGCUAUAGUUGAACUAUUGCUAACUGCUGUAAGGAAAACAAAAUAAAACUUUUUU